AGCUUCACUACUCAACAGAUCGACAGCAGACACUCACCAAUCUCACUCACGCCUGUAGCUCCAGCGUUGCAUCGCCUCGUUUUUGGGGAUUCAUGCAAUCCACUCCCGUUCGCCCUACUUCAUACUUCGUACCUCAGAUCAGAGCGCAGGUAUACUCAAAUACAUACGACCAAUACCAGUGUCCACAGCCAGAUAUCGUGGCCUAGUCGCCUCAUUUACUGUACUUCUACCUUGCGAAAACCAGGUCAGACCAGGUCAGCCCAAUGCUUGUCUAACUACUCCCUACCAUUCGACGCCCUUACCUGGCUGGCCGUAUUGAGCCUCGAGUAUUGAUCGAUAGCACGCAACAAUCUGCUCUCGGCCUUCCACCUCACCUCACUUCACCUUUACCUCUUCUUCACCUAGCCACGCCCCUCCAACGCUUUAUGGUCUUCCACCUCGAUCUUUCUCUUUGUUCCUAUCCACUACCUUUCUUCGACGUCCUCUAUCAUCUAGCCUGAAUUAUUCAAGAGCUUGCGACGGCCGCGACCAGACCCUAGACGGCAGUCGCCAUCUUCUCGCCUGUCUUUCCAACAGAGGACUUGAUUCGAAAUUCCGUCGGUAUCGUCAUCAAGCAUGUCGCAACCACAGACAACCCCCACCUUCAUCAACAUUCCUCCUGCGCCCUCCAAUCCUGAGACGCCUAGUGACAUCCCUGGCACACCGACCAGUACUACUACCUCACUCUCGGCUCUCUCCACCACUGCCAUCAAGGACGGCCACCGUGGCCACGCUCACCUGGCGUUCGGCGGUCCUAAAGGCCAUGGCCAUCAUCCAUCGACCAACAGCCUAGAAGCCGAACGCGCCGAUCGAAUUAGCCGUCUUGCCGGCCUGGAACGUGUCUCCACCAUCCGUGCGCCGAAUCACCAGCAUCCUCACAAUGCCGGAUCUCCACAAACAACCCCAACUUCUACGGGCUUUCCGAUUCAAAACAUACCCGCCGCUAUGGCCCCGGCAUACUUCGACGCCAAUGGUCAGCCCACCGCGCCUACCAAGAUGAGCACAGUUGGCACUGCCUCAGCAACAGGCAGUGUCGGCGCACGCACUACCACAGAGUCUGGCGGGCGCUUCGAGGCGGAUUUGACCGAAGUCGAUGAGGAUGACAUGAGCACAGAUACAAACUAUCGCGCCAUGGAUGUUGACUCGACAUCGGGUGCUAUCGACCCUGUAGACGAAGACCUAGCAAACAGAUCCGUCGGCGGCUUUGAGGAUCGCAUGAGUGACGAUGGGACAGCUAGUCUUGUCGGCUUCGGAGAAGGCGCCAAUAGUACAGUCAGUGGCCCCAUUUACAUACGCAAACAACACCCCGGGGCCCCUGGUAGCACUGGUGUAUGGGGUCUUGAGAGAAGUACCUCAGGUCUGAGUCAAGAAGCCAUGCUCAGGCACCGGGAGGUACGGGACGUUGCGGGUAGCGAUACACCGGUGAGCUCGUCGGCUGCCGCCGAGAGGCGUGAGGCCAAAUAUGUGGAUGCGAUUGCGAUGGAUGGUGGCGGGCACGUGGGGACAACAGAUGACGAGAUGUUUGUCGAUACAACCGCCCGUGGCCCUGUCCCAGUACAACCUGGACAGUACCAGACAAGCGCUCUGCGAGAAGGCGUCGGAGGCCCAGCUUCACGUGAAGCUGCAGAACGCAUCAUUCGCGAGCGACUCGAGCAUGAAAAUGAGGGCUAGAGACCUUUCCUAGACAGUGCGCAGAGCGGCGAAAAGCUGGGCGAAUUCUAUUUUGAGGACAAGAAGUGAGGCAGUUCCGCCUUCGUCUUGCAGUCCAACUUUCCUUUUUACGACAUCUUUUAUUUGCUUUUCUUUUAAUACCUGGAGGCAUAUGAUUGCGUUGGUUGUACCAUGGCGUUCUUAGGUUGGGAAAGGAAGAAACGGCUCUCUACGAUAUGGUAGAUCUGGGGAAACACGUUCGCUAUGGGGACCUCGGAGCACAGGGUGGGAUUGCUUCCCGAGUUCUUGCCAUUGAUUUGUUUGAUCGACUAGGUAACAGAACGACUGUACAACCCAUUGGUAUCCGUGAGAUAUUUUACCACAACUACUUUUACACUACCUAUGUACUUAGGUUGUUUCAAACCAAGUUGCUUGAAUGGUGGAACGGGUGUCAUGGAACAAAAGGCAAUGAUAGCCGUGAAGCGCUUCAUGGUAGCCAGAAAUUAGGCCAGAUGCUUGAGACAAUGACUUCAAGUAAAUAUAGAUUUGGAGCUGAAUACUGUACCACUAGAGACAGAGCGAGUAUCUAUUGCAAUAGGAUCAUCUGUGUGUUCCGUAAUUGAGCUGAUUUGUGGAAUUCAUCGUGGGAUGUGUGUCCGUUGAUCUAAGAUACCUGCCUACCUACCUACCUACCUACCUACCUACCUACC